CUUUCUGAAGCAUUUCCUGAGCCUGACCACGCUCUGUACUGGAAGGGUUUUCUGGGUUGAAGAUUGGCCUGCAGAGGGAUCCUGCAGGUGGGAGGCUUUAGGACAACCAUCAGUAGUUGUCUCGGGCAGGACAAGGGGCUCCCAGGCAAGGCCAUGGCCCCCCUGCGGCUCCUGUGGCUGUGGCUGCUGGUCGCGGGCACUCAAGGCGUGAAAGACGGUGACAUGCGGCUGGCCGACGGGGACACCGCCAACGAGGGCCGCGUGGAGAUCUACUACAGCGGCCAGUGGGGGACGGUGUGUGACAACCUGUGGGACCUGACGGAUGCCAGCGUUGUCUGCCGAGCCCUGGGCUUCAAGAAUGCCACCGAGGCUCUGGGCAGAGCCACCUUCGGGCCAGGAAGGGGCCCUAUCAUGCUGGACGAGGUGCGGUGCACAGGGACUGAGCCCUCGCUGGCCAACUGCACAUCCCUGGGCUGGAUGAAGAGCAACUGUAGACACGACGAGGACGCCGGCGUGAUCUGCACCAACGAAACCAGAGGCAUCCACACCUUCGACCUGUCCAGCGAGCUCCCCGCAGCUCUAGAGCAGAUCUUUGAGAGCCAAAAGGGCUGUGACCUGUUCAUCAAGGUGAAGACGAAGGAGGAGGACGAGCUGGGCAUCUGUGCCCACAAGUUGAUCCUGUCCACCAACCCCGAGGCACACGGCCUGUGGAAGGAGCCAAGCAGCAGGGUCACCAUGGAGGUGGACACUGAGUGUGUGCCUGUCGUCAGAGACUUUAUCAAGUACCUCUACUCCCGGAGAAUCGACGUCUCUCUGUCGUCAGUGAAGUGCUUGCACAAGCUCGCCUCUGCCUCCGGGGCCAAGCGGCUACAGAGCUACUGCGGGCACCUCUUUGCCAUCCUCCUCCCCCAGGACCCUUCUUUCCGGACACCCCUGGACCUCUAUGCCUAUGCCCUGGCCACCCGGGACCCCGUGCUGGAGGAGAUCUGCGUGCAGUUCCUGGCCUGGAACUUCGGGGCCCUGACGCAGGCUGAGGCCUGGCCGAGCGUCCCCACGGCCCUGCUCCGAGACCUGCUGUCCAGGAGUGAGCUGGUCACGCCCAGCGAGCUGGCCGUGCUGCUGGCCUUGGAUGAGUGGAGCCAGGAGAGGCGCAUCUCCCACGGGGAGGUGGAGGGCUUGGUGGAGAGGGUGCGGUUCCCCAUGAUACCGCCCAGGGACCUCUUCACGCUGCAGUUUAACCUGUCCCUGUACUGGAGUCACGAGGCGCUCUUCCAGAAGAAGAUGCUGCAGGCCCUGGAGUUCCACACCGUGCCCUUCGAGCUGCUGGCUCAGUACAGGGGCCUGAACCUCACCGAGGACACCUACCAGCCCCGGCUUUACACCUCGCCCACCUGGAGCGCCUCCGUGAUGGGUUCUGGUUACAACCCCUACCGGUCCUUCCAGACGCCCCAGCACCCCAGCUUCCUCUUCCAGGCCAGCUCAGUCUCCUGGACUUUAGUCUACCUCCCCACCGUCCGGAGCUGCUGGAACUACGGGUUCUCGUGCUCGUCUGACGACCCCCCGCUCCUGGCCCUCUCCAAGUCUAGCUACUCCAAUCCCACCAUCGGUUAUGAAAACAAGGCCCUGAUGCUCUGUGGGGGGAACUUCGUGGCGGACGUCACCAACUUCGAGGGCUGGAAGGCCCUGAUCCCCAGCGCCCUGGGCACCAACAGCUCCAGGAGUGCUUCCUUCUUCCCCUGCCCGGCAGGGUCCUUCAGCAGCUUCCAAGUCGCCAUCCGUCCCUUCUACCUGACCAACUCCACGGGUGUGGACUAGACCCGAGGCUGGGAGAGCCAGGGUGGCAGGAGCGCCCAGAGGCUGGGCACCUCCCAUCCUUCACCUCCUCUCUGCAACCAUCUCCAACCACCGGCCACCAGAUGGCCCCCCUGCUUCCGUUGAUCUCUCCGAGCUUAAAGAAAUCACUGGAAGGUUUCAACUAGUGCAGUCCACAAACCGAGAACUCCCACUUCCCACUGCCCAGCUGGUUUGUCGGGAAGCAACAAGAUGUGAACUAGGAGCUGUUGGGUCUCCUACCCUGCCUUUCACUCCGCCCUCUGCUGUCCCUUAUCUGAGAUCAUUAAAAUUGCACUGUGGUUCCCAA